AUGGCUGGAUCCCUCCCUGCCAGCCACUGGCUCCUAUUACUGUGUGUGGGAUUCCUGGCAGUGGCCUCAUGUGUUGGCUCAGUGGGGUCGGAGAAACUUGGAAGCAGAAGAAGCCGAGAGAAGAAAUCCCAGUGGAAUGAGUAUCCCACAGGCCAGGGAAGAAGCAGCAUGCCUCUGCCAGCCUCUAACGACCCGGAACCCCUUCCUGAGCAGUCUCGCAGCAUCGACCCCCGGGACGCCUGGAUGCUCUUUAUGAAACAAUCAAACAAAGGGGUGAACAGCAAGAAACGGGACAAAGGCAAAUCAAAAAAAUUCAAGUUUGGCCUGCCAGGCCCACCAGGUCCCCCCGGCCCUCAAGGAGCCCUGGUGACACCAGAAGAAUUGCUGAAGGACUUCCGGCUGCUGCUGAAAGAGGUGGUAAAAGAGCGGGAGAGGAUGAGACUGAAGGCCUGUGAAGGUUGCCAGGAAGGUGAGGAAGAGGAGGAGAGAGGAGAAGAUGACAUCUUGGCACUUGUUGCUGGUCCGUUGGCAAAGAGUAAGCCACAGCAUCGAGUGGAGGCAGCCUUCCACUGCCGAAUACGGAGAAACAUUUCCAUUGAACGGAGAUCCCUGCAAGAACUUCGGAUCUAUUACAUACCUCAGAAAGAGGGGGUGUUCCAUCGAGGCCUGGGGCUGAACCUGACCAGCGGCCAAUACACAGCACCUGUUGCAGGGUAUUACACCUUCACCGCCACCUUGCACAUCGUUCAUGGAGAACAACAGAAGAAAGGGCAACAGCGUGCGAGAGAUCGCCUGCGGGUACUGAUCUGCGUCCAGUCUCUGUGUCAACAUAACAUUUCUCUGGAGACGGUGGCUGGUUUGGACAGCAGUGAACUUUUCACCAUCUCAGUCAGUGGAGUCCUGUACUUACAGGCUGGCCAGUAUGCCUCGGUUUUUGUAGAUAAUGCCACUGGAUCAUCCCUCACUGUUCGAAGUGGCUCGGAUUUCAGCGCUGUUCUUCUGGGGGUGUGA